AUGCUGUCAACGCUUACCCAGUAUCUCGGGCCAAAGACCCUCGAGUUGAGAGGAACACUAGAUGUUGAGAAGCCGGAGAAGCCGACACCAAUGCCAUCGUCGUGGUACUGCUCACCCGAGAUGUACCAACUGGAACGCCGGUCCAUCUUCUCGAAGAGGUGGCUCCUGAUUACUCAUAAACUGAGGUUCACAAAACCCGGAGAUUUCCUACGUUUCGAACAAGCCGGCUAUCCCUUUGUGCUCUGUCUCGAUAAGGACGGCAAGCUGAAUGGGUUCCACAAUAUCUGCCGUCAUCGCGCAUUUCCAGUGGUGACGGAAGACGAAGGCAAUGCUCGAAUCUUCUCCUGCAAGUACCAUGGGUGGUCCUACGGCCUGAGCGGAAAAUUAGCCAAAGCACCUCGCUUCCACACCGUUCCAGGAUUCGAGAAGGAGAAGCAAAGCCUGUUCCCGAUACAUGUGCACAUCGAUGCAUUAGGGUUUGUCUGGGUCAAUCUGGACUCGUCACCCACUCCUGCAGUGGCAUGGGACGAUGAUUUUGAAGGUGUUGAUACUCAAGAUCGAUUCAAGAACUUCGAUUUCUCCCAGUACAAAUUUGAUCAUAUAUGGGGCAUGAAGGGGGCGUUCAACUGGAAAACACUUGCUGAUAACUAUAAUGAGUGUUAUCAUUGCACGGUCGCGCAUCCUGAUGUGGCACGCCUUGCUGACUUGUCGUAUUAUUAUACCGUCAACAAGGCUGGCCACAUACAGCAUUUUUCCAGGCCGCAGCAAGGCAAGGAAGACGAGGAUAUCAAGAACGCAAGCACUUACUACUUCCCCAAUGCCUGUAUGACUGUUUCGCCACAUUUCUUCUACAUGAUGCGAUGCGUACCGACAUCCUCAACCACCGUAUCGUUGGAGUACGAAGUUUACCGACAUAUCGGCUCAUCAGACCACGACUUCGAAUAUAUUGACUCUUUCUUCAAGCGUGUGCUGGGUGAGGACAAAUACUUAUGCGAAUCAACUCAGAGAAAUCUGAACGCUGGGGUAUUUAUUAGUGGAGAGUUCCAUCCCGAAUUGGAGAGUGCACCGUUGUUCUUCCAAAGUCUGGUGAGGCGGUUGGUCACGAAGCAUCGCGAAGAUGAGUCGGUGGAGGGGCGCGAGAUAUGGCCAUCACGUCGUCAGACUUCAGGUUCUGCAGGUGUUGAUAAGGACGCUGCUUUCUGUUCCGGAUUGGCUUGCGAUACCCCAGCGAAGGCUGCUUGUGAAUGGUGA